AAAUUACAAGAGUUUUGUGUUGCAUUGAUAAACGCACAUAUUUCAUCUUGGGAGUGAGCCUCAUUCAUCAGCUUAAGGAACCUUUUGAGCCACCAGAACGUCCUGAUGGGGCUGUUUGCAUCUAAACGUAAAAUUCUGGGCCGAGGUGUGCACUUUUCCACCAAUGAGGAGGGGCCUCCCAGGUACUCUCCACACCACUUUGAUGGCAGCACUGUACACCGCAAUCAUGGGCUUCAAAUUCCUCCAACCAUCGUCGUCUCAGAUGAGGAAUCAAGUACAUCAGAGCGUCGAGGCUCGAGGGCAGAGCUGCGUCGAUCCUCUGUUUACAGCACUAUGGACCUGGUACCCCAACUGGAGCAUUAUGCCAAUUCUUUACCCCGUCAAAUGAUGAGGAGCAGGCCAUCUCUUGAAACACUCCGCAAAACAUUUGAGGUAGUGGAGAUUGGAAUGGACGGAGCCUCCACUUCUGACUCGGGCAGCCUGCCAGGACCAGAUAUGGGAAAUGAAGAUUCUCAAGAUCCAAACAUCAAAGCUCCAGUUAGAUUUGGCUGGAUAGUCGGGGUCAUGGUUCGUUGCAUGCUGAAUAUUUGGGGAGUCAUCCUGUUCCUCCGUUUGUCAUGGAUCACCUCUCAGGCAGGCAUUGUGUUGACAUGUGUGAUAAUCCUUAUGUCUGUGGUGGUGACCAAUGUGACUGCACUAUCAAUCUCUGCAAUUGCCACCAAUGGGAGGGUGGUUUCAGGAGGUGCUUAUUUCAUGAUCUCCCGUACAUUGGGUCCUGAAAUUGGAGGACCAAUCGGUAUGGUUUUCUCCUUUGCAAAUGCUCUGGCCUGUGCUCUCAACACUGUUGGUUUUGCAGAGGUGGUCCGUGAUUUGAUGCAGGAAUUUGACGCCACGAUGGUGGAUCCAGUCAAUGAUGUCCGUAUUGUGGGUGUGCUCACUAUCACGGUUCUUCUCCUUAUUUCAAUGGCAGGGAUGGAGUGGGAGUCCAAGACCCAGAUUUUGUUCUUCUUAGUACUUUUGAUUUCCUUUGCAAACUACUUUGUGGGGACAUUAAUACCUCCAAGCAUUGAGAAGCAGGCUGUUGGCAUCUUUGGAUAUCGAGGUGACAUUUUUGUCGAGAACCUCACUCCAAACUGGCGAGGUCCUGAUGCCGGUUUUUUCCGAAUGUUUUCCAUAUUCUUUCCUGCUGCCAUUGGCAUUUUGUCUGGAGCCAACAUCUCUGGAGAUCUAAAGGACCCUGCAACAGCUAUCCCAAAGGGUACCUUGAUGGCUAUUUUUUGGACAACAGUCAGUUACCUGGGGAUAGCAGUAACUGUUGGAUCAUGUGUCGUACGGGAUGCCUCUGGGAAUGGCAGUCACAUCUUGCUAGGAAACAAUACAGAUGGCUGUGUGGGACUGGCAUGUAAUAUGGGCUGGAACUUCACAGACUGUAUCCAGUCCCAGUCCUGUAAAUAUGGGCUCGCUAACAGUGUAAAGGUACUUGGACAGGUGUCUGGUUUCUACUACCUCAUUACUGCUGGUGUCUUUGCAGCCAGUUUAUCUUCUGCCUUAGGUUUUCUUGUCUCUGCACCAAAAGUAUUUCAGUGUCUCUGCAAUGACAAAAUAUACCCCUACAUCAUAUUCUUUGCCAAAGGUUAUGGGAAAAACAACGAACCACUUCGAGCUUAUAUGCUCUGCUAUGUUAUUGCUAUAGCCUUCAUUCUUAUUGCUGAGCUGAAUACCAUUGCAGCUCUUAUCUCAAAUUUCUUCCUAUGUUCUUACUGCCUUAUAAACUUCAGCUGUUUUCAUGCAUCCAUCACCAAUUCCCCCGGCUGGAGGCCAUCAUUUCACUACUACAGCAAAUGGACCGCUUUGUUUGGAGCUGUGAUAUCUGUGGUUCUGAUGUUCCUGUUUACCUGGUGGGCGGCUCUCGUCACCUUCUGCAUCAUCUUCCUCCUUUUUGGAUAUGUCAACUACAACAAACCGAAGGUAAACUGGGGUUCAUCAGUCCAGGCUGGUACAUACAACAUGGCCUUGUCGUACUCAGUCUCUCUGACAGGCGUGGAGGACCAUGUGAAAAAUUUCAGACCACAGUGCCUUGUACUGACUGGGCCCCCAAACCAGCGACCUGCACUGGUGGACUUUGUGGGCUCCUUCACUAAGCACAUAAGUCUGAUGAUCUGUGGAGAUAUCAUACUGGAGCAGGACAGGAAGACGCGACCUCAGGAUGCUACAGACAGCUUGGUGAAGUGGAUGAAUAAGAGGAAGGUCCGGUCAUUCUACACCCCUCUAUCUGCUGACAACCUCAGGGCUGGAUCUAAACAACUGUUACAGGCUUCUGGUUUGGGUAAACUAAAGCCUAACACGCUGGUUCUGGGUUUCAAGACAAAUUGGAGGGACAGUGCUCCUGAAAGCAUUGAAGAUUAUAUCAGCACCAUUUAUGAUACAUUUGAUUCUAACUACUGUUUGUGCAUCCUGAGGAUGAUGGAUGGACUGGAUAUCUCAGAUAAUUUAGAGUUUGAAGUGAACCAGGGCUUUGAGCCGGAUGAAAAUGUGGAAAACCAGGACCAGCAAACCAAUGAGGAGGAUACAGCUGAUGAUAUGUCUGAUGAAGGCAGCAGUGAUCAGAUCAAGACAGUGUUUCAAAAUGACCAGGGAAAGAAGACCAUUGAUGUCUACUGGAUAGCAGAUGAUGGAGGUCUGACCUUGCUGGUGCCCUACUUGAUCACCAGGAGGAAACGCUGGCACAAAUGUAAAGUCAGAGUUUUCAUCAUUGGAGAUGAGCAGAACAUGGAAGAAGGUCGCAAUGAGAUGUUGGCUCUGCUGAAGAGGUUUCGGUUGGAUGUUAGUGACGUUAUAGUAAUGACAGACAUCGAGAAACAGCCACACCCAAAGAACCGGAGCAGGUUUGUGGACAGUGUCGCCCCCUUCAGGCUGUACGAUGGGCAGCAGGAAGGUGCCUCAGUGCAAGAACUCAGACAUAAUGCUCCAUGGAAAGUAUCUGACAAAGAAUUUGAGGCCUUUAAGCUCAAGUCUGAGAGAAAAGUAAGGCUGAAUGAAAUCAUUCGGAAGAAUUCACAACACACAGCUCUUGUUCUAGUGAGCCUUCCAGUUCCUCAAAGUGACUGUCCCAGUGCUCUCUACAUGGCCUGGCUGGACACCCUGACCUGUGGCCUUCACUGCCCUGCUGUUCUAAUACGAGGAAACCAACAGAAUGUCCUCACAUUCUACUGCCAGUAAAGCUUCACAAUUAAUAUCCAACAGCAAUGACGACCUGAUCUGUAAAUAAUUCUACGUGAAUCCCGUAAAAAAGUUUAAAAACAAUCCACUGGACUUGGUUUCCAAGGUUUGAAGAUGUUUCGAUUCCCCUCCAGGAAGCUUUUAUCAAUUCAAAUGUCUGGAGCGAGUGAGUUUGAGGCUUUAUAUAGACAAGGCCUUGUAUUGCUUGGAAACAGCAAAUUGAAACCGACGAGCAGUUUGUUUGGUUUCAUUGUUAGCCUGUAAUAUCUGAAACUUGUCCAUGAUUCUGAAUUCUACGUAAAUAUUUGAGAAAUUACAUGUAGAAUCGUAAACAUAAAAAGUGUAAAAAAAAACUUUAAAAAAGAGGCAACAUUUUCUUUCUAACUCAAGUCCUACCAUGUAUGGAUGCAACUUUAUCUAUGUAUAUGGGUCUUUAUCAACAGUCUUCAGAUCAAAGUUCAAAAAGCCAUAUUGCUUUUUUUAAUCAAGGGGAGGACCAAUCAAGUGAAGGAAAUAGAGAUGCAUGCAAUUGUAUUUAUUAUUUUCUUAGUUUUAUAUGUAUAUAUGUAGAUCUUAUUGACAUUGUCACUUUAAGUGUUGCUAGUAAGAAGUAGUGACUAGCUCAACAUUCCUUGACUUGCUUAACUCUUCCUUUAUUGACACCUCCUUUAAUUCUUUAAUACUCAAAGUGUACCUAACCUUUUUUUCAAUAUAUAAAUAUAGCCAAUUAA